CCUCCUUGUGUUUGCUCGCGUUUGAUGGCGAUUAGUGGAUGAUUUCAUCCAACUUUCGGCAGGUGGCAGGACGAUGAUGACGGCAGCUGUUGUUUGGUUGGCGCGACGUCGCUGCGGUGCAUCACUGUUGGUGCUGGUGCUUGUGGCAUCAGCAGUGGCUGCAGCGAGCGACAGCGCCACUGCAGGAAACAAGCACAUUGAUGUAGUCGACCCAUUCAUUGGCACAGGCAACUUUGGCUUUGGCGUUGGCGGCGAUCCCGUCGGUGUGCAGGUGCCAUUCGGAUGCGUGCGGUUGUCCCCCGACGGAUCUGAUGGCCACGUAUGGCUCGACUUUCUCCACUACGGCGGGUAUCACUACUCGGACACCUCCAUCCGCUGCUUCUCCCACACGCAUAUGGUUGGCCCAGGCGUCGCAGAUCUCGGCAACAUUGGUGUGAUGGCGACGCAGGAAGUGCCGUCUGCGUUUCUUGAUCGCUACUGGUACCGCGCGCCAUUUUCGCACGCCAACGAGCGCGCCACGCCGUACGAAUACGCCGUCAACCUCACAUCGGGCAUCAACGUGACGCUGACAGCGUGCGGCACCCACGCCGCCAAGCAAAUCUACAGAUUCUCUUCAUCAUCAGCAUCAGCAUCAGCAUCAUCAUCAUCAUCGUCGUCGUCGUCGUCGUUGUCCCGUCGCGCCAACUUUGUUGUGUUUGACAUUGGCCACUCGCUCUCCUCCAAUGGAAAGGCGGUCAUUGCUUCAAAUGUGUCCGUCACAGUGCACAAGAACACACAAACGACACAGGUUGAAGGGUAUGCGGUCAACAGAGGAAGUCUCACGGGGCGCAACGGCGGUGUCGGCGUUCCCGUGUACUUCACGGCACUCAUCAACGCCAUCCCAACAGACACAGCCACGUGGGACAGCAACAGCACCGCCCCCGCACCCGCGUGGUCCUCCCUCCAUCUCGACGGCGUCCGCGUCGGUGCAAUUCUCCAGUUUGAUAAUCCGGACAUUGAGAUCACAUCGGCCAUCAGCUUCGUGUCCUUGCAUCAGGCGCGCGUCAACUUUGGUGCGCAGACGGAAAACGGAACAGCGCCAUACAGCACGUGCAAGCAGGCGACACACACCGCCUGGAAGGAUGCCCUCGCUGUGGUUGAGGUGCACGACGCGAACCCGAAUGCCAGCACAUACACGCAGUUCUACACCGCCCUCUACCACUCCUUCAUGGCCCCAACCCGCUGGUCUGAGGCCGGCGGUGUGUAUCUUGGCAUGGACGGGCGCGUGCGCACAUCACCGCCGGCCGCCCACCGCUACACAGACAUGAGCAUCUGGGACAUCCACAGAACACAGGUGCCGCUGCUUGAUCUUCUCCGUCCGGACGUGAGCGCCGACAUUGCGCGCUCGCUCGUCGGCAUGUACGAGGAGGGCGGUGAUAUCCCGCGAUGGCCAAUCGCAAACGUCUACGCCGGAUGCAUGAUUGCAACCCACGCCAACAUCAUGCUUGCAGGCAUGAUUGCCAAGAACAUCACUGGGUUCAACGUCACCGCCGCGUACGAGGGCAUGCGCCUGCAGGCAACGGACCCGUCCCGGCCCCACAUUGGCCGUGAGGGCUUGCAGGACUACAUCACGCUCGGCUACGUUCCGUUUGAUUCACACGGCAAGGCGGCGUCGCUGACGCUCGCGUACGCGUACGACGACUGGGCCCUCGCUUCCGUCGCAAGCCAUCUCGGACACACGCAGGACGCUGUCCUGUUCCUCAACCGAAGCCGCAACUACGUGAAUGUCUGGGACGAGGAGUCCAUGUACAUGUGCCCCCGCAUGAAGACUGGCAGCUUCAAGUGCAACCCCGUGCCGUCAUUCCACGAGUGGAUUGUGCAGGACUCGGGCUUCUGUGAGGGAAACCAGGCGGAGUGGCGGUGGUUUGUUCCGCACGACCUGGACGGCCUGAUUUCCUUAUUUGGAAAGCAGCGAUACGUGGAGGAAUUGUCCACGUUCUUUGACAAAACGUGGAGCGACCCGAGCACCACCCUGCCAAACCCACACUACUGGGCAGGGAAUGAGCCCGACAUCCUGGAGCCGUUCCAGUUCCACGCCGCGGGCCGCGCCGAUCUCUCGCAGUUGAACAGCCGUCGCGUCAUGAAUUUCGCGUACAGCAGCCGGCCAGGCGGUCUCCCGGGCAACGACGACUACGGCACGUUGAGUGCGUGGUACGUGUGGGCUGCGGUCGGGCUGUAUCCCCUUGCCGGCACGGACCUCUACUUCAUUGGCAGCCCCGUCUUCGAACACGUCACCCUCCAUCUCCCCGGCGGUCACAGCCUCGACAUCCACGCCCACAACACCAGCGCAACGAAUGUGUAUGUACAGUCAAUCCAGCUUGACGGCGCUGCCAUCGAUCCGUUCUAUGCGAAUGUCACGCACCACCGCCUCACUGCUGCCUCGGCCCUCGUCCUCACCAUGGCAGACACCCCACCAGCACCGUCGUCAUAG